AUGCUGCGAACAGCCGUGGACUUGGAAGAGCGGGUGUCGUACAUUCAGUCGGCGACCAAAGGCCAGGACGACAAGGACGGCGGCGACUUUGCUGCCAUCAAGACCCCCGGUGAGCUCGAAGAUGGCGCACUGGUGGCAGGCGGGGCCCUGAACCUGUUUUCCAGAGAAGCGUUUGGGUUGUUCUCGCAGUACGCGGCCGUGGGGGUGAUCCUCGGCAUGAUUCCGUCGCUCAACUACCCGAUUUUCAACGUGUACCUCAACUUGGAGGGGUACCAGACGUCGGCGUACGGUCAGUUGGUGACCAUGGGCUGGUCGUUCAAGGUGUUUAUGGGGAUGUUCUCUGACUGCUUUCCCAUCUUUGGCUACCGCCGCAAGUCGUGGAUGUUGAUUGGGUGGACCGUGACCAUGAUCUGCUUGGCUGUGAUGACGUUUUCGUCGUUGGGGGACCCGUACUGCGACCGCGUCAAGGCCAAGGCGAUGAACUCGCCGGCGUGCUCCCGCGUCUACUCGCGUGCGUCGGAAAAGGAGAAGGAGUUGUUCAACUUGGGCGCUCCGGACCAGGGCACCAAGUUCAUCAUGCUGUCCAUGAUCGUGUCGUUGGGGUACGUCACGGCCGUGUGUGCUUCGGAUGCGAUGGUGACCGAGUACUCGCAGCGCGAACCACUGGCCAUCCGCGGCCGUGUCUUGACGGGUAUUUACACGGUGCGCACGAUCUUUGGCAUUUUGUCCGAAGUGGUGAUUGGGUUUGGCUUGAACGGCGCCAACUACCUCGGGUCGUUUUCGUUUUCGAUGGCGCCUAAUGUGCCAUAUGGGAUCUGCUUGGCGCCUUGCGUGCUCGUGGUGCUGUCGACGAUCUUCAUUGUGGAAGAGAAGAAGACGCCGCCGAUUCCAUUCCGGGUGUGGGCGUCGGGGUUCUGGGUGCUGCUGCAGAAGCGUGUGAUGUGGCAGAUCUGCGCGUUCCGGUUCAUCAGCCAAGUGUUUCGCAACAUCAGCUCCACAGCGGACUCGCCCAUGGCCAGCACAUGGGCCAAAGUCGAGCCGCUCAACAGUUCGUUGACCGGGAUCAUUGCGAGCGGCAUCUUUGCCGGCAUCAUGGCCGUCGUGGCCAAGUGGGGGUUGCACUGGAACUGGCGCUGGUCGAUUGCGAUUGCGUCCGUGUCCGUGCUCGCCCUGGACUCGAUCACGACGUUCCUCACGAUCUGGAAUGUCUUGCGCAACCAGUGGUUCUACACGGGCGUGGCCUUGUCCGAGCAGAUCCCGCAGGGCGUCCGCUUUGUCGUGUCCACGUUCUGCGCCGUCGAGAUCGCCGACGUGGGCAACGAAGGGGCCACGUUUGGCUUGGUCACGACCGUGUCCAACUUGGCGUCGCCGUUCUCUGGCAUGCUCACGCGGUACAUCAACUCGUACUUCAGGGUGACCCAGAACGACAUCCGCGAGGACUCGACCGAAGUGCGGUGGGACGUCACGUACACGUACUUCAUUUCGUACGGGUGCCGCCUCUUCGCGUUGGUGUGGCUGUUCAUGCUGCCUCCGCAGCGAGGCCCCAUGCAAGAGCUCAAGAAGAAGGGCGGCACGAGCAAGUUGGCCGGGGGCAUCUUGAUCUUUGUGUUUGUCGUGUGCCUCUCCGUGUCUCUUACGUCCAGCAUCAUGGCCAUCUACCCCUCCACGAGAUGUUUGCGCAUUGCAGGGGGCAACGGCGUGCUCGACGCCAAGACGGGCAAGUGCCCCAUCGCGGCCAGCCGAAAGGGAUAG